GUCGUUAUUCCGUAUGAACUUAGUACGCAUUUAGCACGUAUUUAGAGUGAUAUGUUGUGUUACGUCAUUUUUCCGAAAAGGACUUUUUGGUUUCGCUUUCAAAAGUGACCCUUUCGGCAACAUUUGGAUUUUCGUCUCAAAUAACAACACAUCCGGUAGUCCAUUUACGUCUGUUUUGUUUUGUUUGAAUUUUUGAUUUUGAUGCUGCUUUUGGUCCGGUGGUGAUAUUGUGGCUAUGUUGUGACGGUUUUGUGAUUUCUCUAUUUUCCUGUUGGAUUUUUGUUUUUGUGUUUUUACGAACAUCAAGUUUCGGUUAUUGCUCAAAAUUUCGAGUCGAUGUCUGUUUCGUUGGUUUAAUGUUGAGUUUCUUCGGAGGUUUUGGCGGACAGAUAAAGUUCGUUUUCGACAAAGACUGAUUAGGCUUAAGUAGUGUGUAGUGCGUGUGUGGUUUAGUGGUUUGUUGCCUUGUCCAUUUUUGGAUACUAGUGAUCUAAGUACACAUUUUCAACAUGGAAAAGUUCCAGGAACAGCAGGAACCUGACGAUCAGGAUCAGGUUUACGAAGUCGAGGAACCUGAAACUAGUUCAACAUCAAAAAUUAUUAUAUCCAAUUUGGGUCCAAACGUCCGGUUCGAAGACAUCGAACAUCUACUUUUACAACACGGAGCUGUCGUUGCAUGUGAUAAACUUACCUCAAAAGAUCCCACCACACAAACGGUGCAAAUUACUUUCGAAAGCACGGAACAAGCUCAACAGGCCGUAAAUCAACUUAAUGGUAUAGAAAUAGAUAGUAGACCCAUCAAAGUGGAAUUGGCUGUGGAAAAACGGGGCCGUAGGGGACCUCGAGGGCCAGGCGCCCCUUUCGGGGGCCUGCCUGGUCAGAGUAGACAAACGGAUUUUCCAUUAAGAAUACUUGUACAAAGCGAUAUGGUUGGAGCUAUUAUAGGGAGACAGGGAUCGACGAUACGACAGAUCACUCAACAGACGAGAGCGAGAGUCGACGUUCAUAGAAAAGACAAUGUAGGGUCGUUAGAAAAAGCCAUCACUAUUUACGGAAAUCCGGAAAAUUGCACAAACGCCUGCAAACGAAUUUUAGAAGUUAUGCAGCAAGAGGCCAACAACACGAAUAAAGGCGAAAUAUGUUUGAAAAUUCUGGCGCACAACAACCUCAUCGGACGUAUCAUAGGCAAGGGGGGAAACACGAUCAAAAGGAUAAUGCAAGAGACGGACACGAAGAUCACCGUCUCGAGCAUAAACGACAUAAACUCGUUCAAUUUGGAGCGAAUCAUCACCGUGAAAGGAGCCAUCGACAAUAUGAGCCGAGCGGAGGCCCAAAUCAGCGCCAAAUUACGGCAGAGCUACGAAAACGAUCUCCAGGCGAUGGCGCCGCAAACGAUGAUGUUCCCCGGACUGCAUCCGAUGGCGAUGAUGGCCACCGCAGGAAUUGGUUAUGGUUCAAGAGGUCUGUACACAGGUCAAGCCCCCUAUCCCGGAAUGUAUCCCGCAGGUGCGGCCCAGGGCGGAGGCGACAGCCAGGAAACGACCUAUCUGUACAUACCCAACAACGCCGUCGGAGCCAUCAUCGGAACGAAAGGCUCGCAUAUUCGAAAUAUCAUUCGAUUCUCGGGAGCUUCCGUCAAGAUCGCGCCCAUCGACGAGACGAAACCGCAAGAAACGCAAAACGAAAGAAGAGUCACGAUUGUCGGCUCACCCGAAGCGCAGUGGAAGGCGCAGUAUUUGAUUUUUGAGAAGAUGCGAGAGGAAGGUUUCGUCGCUGGAUCGGAUGAUGUACGAUUAACGGUGGAAAUAAUGGUUCCUAGCUCGCAAGUCGGCCGAAUCAUCGGCAAAGGAGGUCAAAAUGUUCGCGAACUACAACGCGUAACCGGAAGCGUAAUUAAACUGCCAGAACAGGGUGCUUCUCCUCAAGAGGAUGAAACAACGGUGCAUAUCAUUGGACCAUUUUUCAGUGUUCAAUCGGCGCAACGUCGCAUACGCGCCAUGGUAUUGCAAUCAGUAGUGCCUCUUCAGGGAAGACCGCGUCAACCGCGCCAACCAAAAGACCCCAGCCAAUCGGAAGCCGCCGCUGCGUUGGACCCACAACAGCAGCAACAGCAAACGCCACCGCAGCAGCAGCAACAACAACAGCAGCAACCACCACAACAACAGUAACGCCAGCUAGCAACAUUCACUGCCCUGUGCAUGGGUUUAUGCAUACCCUAUUGUACAAUUAACAUCUCGAGGCCUUCCACUAAUGCAAUAUCAUCCUUCCAGUCUUAGUGUCGUCGUAGCGCAUUGUUGUCGCCGAACACAACCAAAUAUUAGCUGUGCGCGCGCGUGUUUUAACUCUAUUAAAUUAAGUAAAACAACAACAAGAAGAAGAAGAAAUGUGUGAACCGCGAAUACCUCAGCAAGUGCUUUAUUGCCGAUACGUCCAUUUUGUUCAGUUUGAUGAUUUUCCGCUACACUGGAGUUUAUUUAAGUUAUUGGUUCUAGUGGAAAGUUUGGAGAAGAAACAGGAAUAUGGUAUGAUAAACUGUGUGCCCAACGUUACAAUCUACCUCAACUAAUCAAAAUAAAGUUACAAGUUAUAGCCAUAGUAAAUUUCCGUUACGAGAUACAGCAACCAACCAACCAUUCAAACCUCACUCACUCACAACCAGCAGUGUUUUCUUUUGUUGUACACGAUCUACCUGAUGAAAGGACUACCAAAGACAAGGCGUUGUUACAAACCAUUGUUUAUCGCUUCACUGGAUUUUGACCGCUCGCACCUAAACAAACUAUCGACGAAUUCAGCCAAAACAUUUCGAAAGACAGGAUUUUCAACCGAGCAAGCAAGAGCAGUCACCGUUAUCCAUCUGAAGAGUCCCACUUAAACUAGCACUACAUCAAAACAAGGCGAAAGUUCCUCUGCAGAGUCCGGUGGCAGAGGAUGCGAGACGGCCAUCACAACGGACAGGAGUCACAACUCUUGCAUCCUCUGCGCUGUUAACGUGGCUGUUGUUAAUUAUUAAGUGUGAAUGAAGAGCUUUAAUAAGAAAAUUUUGAUAAUAUUAAUGCGAAAUUGUUGUGCGUGUCUUUAUUAUUAUUAUUGUGUUUGAAUUUGAAGAGACGUGGCAACGAUCUUUCAAUUAAUUACUAUUUAAAAUGGAAACUGUUAAUCAAAGUGUGCGUGUGGAAAAAGACAUUUUUAACUCUAUUGUAAUAUUAUUGUUAGGAGAUUGUUAAAAUAAUGUUUGAUAAAGAUGCGGCACGCUCUCCAAUUAUUAUUAUUUGUUUAACGGAGUGCCGAGGCCGUGUCGCAUCUUUGAUUUUUCUUCGUGAUUGAUUGUUGCUGAAUUAUUAUGAUACCAGAUAGGACAGCUGUUGCGGCCUUGCUGCCUUGCGUCAAGGUCGGCCGCGCCCCUGAUAGUACAAACUCGGGAGGUAUAGAUUGGGCCUAAGAGCCCCCGGUUUAGUCCGGACUUGUAAAAAAUAUUUUUGAUAAAAAUUGUUUGUUGGGGAGGAUAUUUUUUGUUAGAUUUUUUAAAAAAUAAUUAUAGCGGGGUCGCUAUUUUAAAAAAUUGUGAAAAAAUGGAUAUAUUAUUAUAUGAAUAUAUAUUUAUUAAUUAUGUAUAAAUGAAAGAGAAAAUUUGAAUUAUUUGUACAGAUUUAUAAGUGUGCCAAAGUGCGAAGAUGUUACCAGAAUCAAGUUCUGUAUUUAUUUAUUAAAGUUAGACUGUUCAAGGGUUCAUGUAUUUAAAACUGGCAGUCAUUGGUUCAGCACUUUCUGAUACCCCCAUCAACAACAGUCGGGUCUCACACAAAACACUCUUUUCGGACACAAUCAUGCAAUCGUACAAAACGAACGGCUCCAAAGUACAAAGUCUAGUUCAAAAUUUAACGAUUACCAUCCCACUAGUCUAAAAACUGGCAAACGACAACUCGUUCGCCAGCUUUCAGUCUACGGUCGUCGAUCAAUCGAUCCAUUUGUUUCACACAAGCAUCAAUAACAACAACAACAACAACAACAUCAAAAAUCUAACGCAUUUCAUAGCUAGAUUAUAAUUUCUGUUGCAAAAUUAAUAUUACAAACAUAUUCGGACUAUAACAAUUCUCCCCCACCCCCCAAAAGAUGAAGAAAACGACACUUGAAACGAAAAAUUCCAUCCAUCAGACAUCACCGAAAUCCGCCAAAAGAAUUUUGCAGACGCGUGCCGCGAAAUAAUGGAAAAUUUUCGAAAUAAUGCGCGCGCAUCCCGGUCUUAAGCUUCAACACAACUAGACUAACCGAUUCCAUGUAAUGCCUACGUUUAAAAAUCGGUAAAUCAAUUGAUUAUAUUUAAAAAGCAAAGGAAAAACACUAUGUUAUGGUAUAAAUAGUGCCUAACCAAAGUCUCGCGUCGCUAAACGAUUUUCAGUGGACAAAAGAUUGCUUUCUGCUGUCGUAUGUGUGUUUAAUCGAAAAUUAAUGUUGACUUUUAGGGUUUUCUGUUCAAUGACGAGGCAGUCUGUUGUGACACUAGAGUUUCAAAGUUUAGCUUCCCGUGAAUAAAUUUGAGAAAACAAAGUGUUCAAGUCGUUUAGAGACGCAGAUUAAAAUGAAAAAGUAUAUAAAAUAGUUAUAGUUUGAAUUGUAAUGCAUUUCAUAAUUAUUUCAUUAAGUUAAUAGUUAAAAGUGAUUUCAAGCAAACCGUUUUCGAGUAAAGUUGCAUCUACAAUAGCAUGAAGAUGUUAAUAGGGUUUACGUGAAAUCAAACCAUCCUAUAGUAUAUAGUUAAAAGCUACUACCUACUACUACAUGUAUAAUUCUUCACCUGAUGAAUUUUAUAGUUUGUCGUUUUUACUUGAGUGUAUGAUUAUUUUAUUGCAACCACUUAUAGUUAAUAGUAUACAUGUUGAACGAUAAAACAAUGCUGGACGGAGACUGACUGUGCAAACCAGCCGCUGUAGAUUAGGUACCUUAGACACGGAUAAUCGUACUAAAGGUUACGAGAUGGAAAGCGCCGCGUUUUGCAUUGCAGUACUUUAAUCACCACCAAAAACAAACAUUAUUACCGUUUAGUAUUGUACAUUAUCCGAUCUAAGAAGUAAACUACCUCAGUAAUUAAUAUAUUUCUAUAAAAUUUAAUUUGUUGUUCAAGUUUUACUUUCUUCUGGGUUUUCGAUAUAUUAUAUAAGUUUGAAAAUUUUCUGGUGAAUGCUAUUUGUACAACAGAAUCUUAUAUAGUUCAUAGUCGAAAAAGUACUUGUGUAAGUGUGCCAUUCUUUUGUGAAUGUUAUUAUCGUAAAAGUUUGCUUUCAUCAAUCAACAUCUACAACGCAGUCAACAACAAAUGUUUUCUCUCAGGAAUUAUAGCUCAGGACUUUUGAUGUUUUCUCCGCAUAGCAAAGAGGAUUAUAUUAUUCUGAUUGAUUUUUCGGGCUUGCCUUACCAUAGUUUUCAUCAACUUAAUCAAUCAGAUACUAAGCGUUGCGUAAACACAAUAAAAUUAUUUGUUGUUUCAUGUAGAUGAUGAUUAUUAGUCAUGUGAACUCUUCAUUUUUUUCUCAUAUGGCAGAGAUGUAAAUAUCUUCAUAGCUCUAUGUAUCGGUUCUCUCCAGAAUGAAGUUUCAUGAAUUGGCAUACUUGAUUCAAUCGUUUGUUUGUCCAUUUAUUUCAGUAAAUAAAUAGUGUUCCCUUAA